GGAUCCAUUACCACAUCAUCUUCAGACCCACCCAGAAGCAGCAGGGCUCUAUGGUCACCUCCUCUCCCUCAGCUGUGGGGGAGAGUUUCCACUUGUUACGUCGCAGUGUUGUCAGCAGGAAGUAAAAGGGGAGGCGACGGAGAAAGCAACAGAAAAAAGCAAGCAGAGAGAAAGAUCAUUCACUUUAUCCACGGCGGACAAAAUCCCAGGUGCAGUGUACCACAGACUGGACAAAUAACUGCCUCCUCUUCCCCCUGUAAGAUCAUGGCUGUGAUUAAUUUAAUGAGGGGUACAGGUUUUCUCUACUUGCUUCUACUGGGACUCCUUCUGCCUCCAUCCCUAGUAUCUGGACAGAACUCCACUGUGACACCCAUGACUUGGUCCCAAAGUACCUCUGCAACCCAACUCUCUUCCAGCUCCAGCACUGGAGCUACCGUCCAAUCAUCUUCUGUUACCACAUCAGCGACUUCACAAAACACAGCCAUGUCUGAAAGUUCCUCAAUGUACGCCAGCAGUUCUGCUUCUACUGCCACUGGAGGUAGCACAAACACAAAUGGGACUUCUGUGAAGAAUUCUUCAUCAGACAUGCUAUAUUGCCCCUCAUUCACCUGCUCUUACUCGGAAUGCUACGCAAAGUACUCCAGUGAGAACGCCACUUCAUGCUCUUCUGAGUACAACUGCCAGCUAUUGAGGACAGCAUACAUGCAGUACAAUGUCAGCUGCAGCUCUUCUUGUGCAAUGAGCUGUGUCAACAGCUCUGACACCAACUGCUCUGAGAAAUGCUGCAAUUCCACCGGAUGUCUCAAUGACACUUUUGCAUCCAUGAUGCCAGCAACCACAGCAAGCACUAAAACAACUACAAGAGCACCUCAACCCACCGCUGCGCCUACCAUGACAACAACGAACAAUGGAAACAAGUGUGAAAUGGGAACAUGUACAGGAGAAACCUGCUACUUAAGUUUUAAGAACAAAAACUUUGAAACAUGCCCCACAUCAAAGCCCAACUGUCAGUUGAAAAAGGAGACGGUGAAUUCUGCAGUACAGUGGACGGCGGGUUGUGCAAACUGCACCGGCUCCGCUGCCUGCACGGCUUCCACACAGCCUCCAUGUUAUCUGGAGUGCUGCAUUGCCUCCAAGACCUCCUGCCUUAUGCUAAAUGGCACUCUCAAUGUCCCCUCCUUUGCUAUAAGAGGCCCUCACACACAACUGAUCACUUACUUACUCUGCAUGACCUCCUCUGCUGCACUGUUUUUCAUUUUGUAGCUAACCUAGAUGGUUACAUAAUUCCACAUAAAAUGCAAAACAAAAAAAUUUGAAACUUUUUUCACCAAUAAUCACUUUAAAAUGCAUGUAACAAUACAACAAUAAUCAGCUAAAUUUGUCAUUUCUGUUUCCUCAAUGUCAAUAGUUCUGUGUAUUAAUGUUUUCUGGAUGUUAUUUUUUUAAUUCAAGAAAAAUAUUCAUUUGAUAAUUCGUCACAGCAAAAACAACAUGAUCCAUUCAGAUUUGGAUUACAAACAUUAUUUACCAUAACAAAUAAAUUAUAUAUUAAUCCUAUCUUUUAUUCAUGAAUUUAUGAUCCAAUAUAACUGUUUUAGCACUCUUCUUACCAAUUUUUUUUUAUAUGAUUUGAUUUGACUUUUAUUUUGAAAGACAACACCUCUUUAUAUUAUUCUUGAACAUCAAAACUAUGAAGACAUAAUGAGCAGGUAAGUCAGAGCACAGAGAGACCAUCCUGUCUGCAUCAUAACUGUUUUAGAAAUACAGUCUUUCUAUUCUGUUUCCAAAUUACUGUGAACAAACGCAGCUUUAAUUUAACUCGCACUUUAUGAGACACGAAUGUUGAACUGUCACAGGAAGUUGUGAACAUUUAAAAUUACAUUUCAUCAGUGGAAACUUUAUUCAGAAUAGUGCAAUUCAGUACGCUCAGCUACUCUUUGUCUUUUAAUUUUGUGGAUUGUUAAUUGAAUGUCUACACCAUGUAGUUUCCAAAGUGUAUUUCAUGGUAAAACACUACAGUGUAAAUGCUAGAAAUUGUGUUAUUCUACUCUAUUUUUGUGAAAUGUAAAAAAUGCAAAAUGUGUGCCUUAAAAUAAAGCUUUCGUAAUCUCU